UCGCGGCGAACGCGAGCCGAAACCGAGCGGUCCGCUCAUGGACACUGUUCAUUUUUAUUUACGAUAAACUCGUACUAAAUUCAAAUGUUCACAGAAACAGUGCGUUAGUUGAAUUAAGUACUUAAUCAGCCGUCUGUACGUAUAGCUAAAUAAUAGUGUCUAUUUUGAUGUUCCAUAUAUCGAUUUUUGACAACUCCUUAGAGAAUUAGUUAGCUUCAUUAUUUUUGAGUUCAAAUUCAUUGGAUGUAAAGUCUCAGUGGUUCCAUAAAGUUAUUAGUGUUUUCAGUUUCAGCUGUGUAAGCUUGUUUGCUAUCCCUCUCAUUUGAGUGGAAAGGGAAAGGAAGGCCGAGUGUUACCCAAGCAUUGUUUUGUUUUCAUGAUUUUCUUUGCUGUAUAUUAAUGUAGAGCGGAUUAAGAAAAUAGAUCGCUUCGAUAUCUUGUGCCUACAAGAAUAUUAUAAGUACAAAACAAACACAGCGCAUCGCCCACGUAGCGAGAUAACACAGCAUCCCGUCCACAGAGAAAUUAAUAAUCUGGAACACGGUAACAGGAAGCAUGUCGAUAAAGUGUUCCAUGCUAUAACAGUGUUGAUGAGAGAACUGCUCGACGCUGCUGACACUCUAAUAUGGUUAGCUGACACCUGCGAACUAUCCGCUGCAGUUACCACGAUGUUGUCAGACUCCCCGGCACACUACAAACGCGACGUGUCCGCACAUCACUUUCAUAGAAGUUCAAAACUUGCUCUCGCCGUAGACCCGACCUCAUCUAACAUGCAUCACACUGCUAACGUUGUUGGUGCAUCAAACUCGCCGUGUGACAACUCACAAACAUCAUGCGUAGUCACUAAUAUCGACAGAAUGGCACACGACAAUCAUUCCAAUGAUAAUUUAGAACAAGUUUAUGAAUUGACUGACUUAGAUAGAUGUAGGAUACUUAAUCAUGGAAAAUUAGAAUGCCAAUAUGAGUCUGAAAGGCGAUGCUCUGCCAAAGAUAGAGCCUCUCAACGAUACGUAUUGCAUAACAAAGAAGACGUAUACGGAAAAGAAUCGAUUACCAGAAAGAGGGUUGAGGCUGACGAAUGUGGUGGUUCAAGGCGGGCCGCUAAUUUGAAAUUUAAAUGUAGUCGGGAUGCACAGAAGUGGAUGGGAGCGAUCGGGAGGACAAUGGGCAUUCGUGUUCACGUGCGCGCCAUAGCCAUCGUGGGGUUGUUCCUGGCCGUGUUAGCGACGAGUGCCGCGGCGCCGACGAGGUCCCGGCCCACGCGCAGCGCACAUGAGAAAUCAGCGAGAAGUUACCUGGAAACGUUCGGCUACCUGAAGAAGGGCAGACCAGAGGUCGGCAACCUGCAGCUCAUGGGCAACGAACAAGAGUACGAAGACGACUUCAGGAUCGCCAUCAAGACUUUACAAGAAUUUGGCGGUAUACCAGUGACGGGAGAGAUCGACACAGCUACGAAGAACUUGAUGAAGCAGAAACGAUGCGGCCGACCGGACCGGGAGGAUGGUGAAGACGAACAUAGGAGGAAGAAACGGUUUGCUGUGCAGGGGGAGAAGUGGAAAUACACCAACUUGACUUGGAGCCUGUCGUCGACGCGGCGGCCAUCGCAACUGGACCCGUACGGGACGCGCAGCGUGCUGGCGCGCGCGCUCGACGUGUGGGCCCAGGCGUCGCGCCUCACCUUCACAGAAGUCAACUCGGAUGAAGCAGACAUCGUGGUCUCCUUUGCCAAACGUUAUCAUGACGAUGCGUAUCCUUUCGACGGGCGCGGAGCGAUCCUUGCGCACGCGUUCUUCCCCGGCACGGGUCGCGGCGGAGACGCACAUUUUGACGAUGACGAGCUCUGGCUGUUGCAACCAAGGGAUGACGAUGAAGAAGGAACAUCACUGUUUGCCGUGGCUGCUCACGAGUUUGGACAUUCUCUAGGCCUCAGUCAUAGUUCUGUGAAGGGCGCGCUUAUGUUUCCGUGGUAUCAGGGCAUUCAACCAAACUUUGUGUUACCAGAAGACGACCGCAAUGGUAUCCAGCAAAUGUAUGGACCUAAAAAGAGUACGAAAUGGGCCAAAAUACCAUAUUAUCGCCCAGCUGAACCGCCACCAACUACGACGACCACCACGACCACCACUACCACCACGACAACUACAACCAGGAGGCCGUACAUCAACCAACACCACAACAGACAUCAAGAUAGAUACCCCAACCGGCCAUACACCCCAUACCCACGCAUUCCCAGUAAAUACCCUGCAUACUACCCGGAGAAACCCAACCAUUACCCGUAUCACCCCGACCGCCGCCAUUACAACUCAAGCGAAGAACAUCCUCGACGCACAAAUCAUCAUCAUAACUUCCGUCCCACGGAGACGACCAGCCAUCCUACCACCUACCGCCCACGCUACCCCUAUGUGCAGCCAGAGUACCCGAGCAAUCCCAGACCGAAUUAUCCAAAUGAUCCGAGACAAGAUAACCCUAGGAAGCCGUAUUACCCGGAGAAGACCACGCAACGAACAACGACCACCACACCUUCGGACAAACCUGACAAGUGUGACACAAGUUAUGAUGCAGUCGCCCUUAUACGUGGUGAACUCUUCAUAUUCAAAAACAGAUACCAUUGGAGGAUAGGAGCUAAUGGACAUUACCCUGGUUAUCCAAUGGAAACAACAAGAAUGUGGCCCAGUUUACCCAGAGAUCUUACUCACGUCGACGCUGUUUAUGAAAGACCAGAUCGAAAAAUAGCUAUUUUCAUUGGUAAAGAACUAUACUUAUUUAAUUCUCAAUAUCUGGUGCCGGGAUACCCGAAACCACUAUCCACGUUCGGCCUUCCUGAAAGUUUGGACAAACUAGACGCUGCCAUGGUCUGGGGUCACAACGGCAACACCUAUUUCUAUAGCGGCACUAUGUACUGGAAAUAUGAUGAAGAAAAAGGUCGUGUUGACUACGAUUACCCUCGCAACAUGGCCAUGUGGAAGGGCGUGGGGUACAAUAUUGACAGCGUCUUCCAGUGGAAAGACGGUAAAACGUAUUUCUUCAAAGGGAAAGGCUUUUGGAAGUUCAACGACCUUCAAAUGCGCGUCGAAAAUGAGAGGCAGUACCCUUCGUCUACAUUCUGGAUGGGAUGCCCCACGGAGCGCGCCGGUCGCCGCGCCGGCUACAAGGCGCCGCCCGCGCCCGGCUCAACUCUACGCUCACCUAGUGCUGCAACUACUAUUACUGUAAACUUACUACCAUUCUUAUGCUCUACACUCUUAAUAUUAACAAGUUAUAUUAGGUACCUUACGUAAUUUAUUACUAUGACUGGCAUAAUGGUGAACGCACACCUUUCAGAAUCGAUCGCGGCGAAGGAAUCGAAUGCAUACGAAACCUCGCACACUUGCGCGCUCUGAAUUUGUCGAAUCGUCCGAAUCUGGCAGAAUUACAGAUAUGAUAUUCGAUAAAUUCGAUUCUUUUGCCGUGGUCGAUCUUGACAGGUUUUCGUUCACCAUAUUAAAUUAUAAUUACUUAUGGUAUGGGUGGGUCAUAGGCUUAGAAUAUAUACUGUCCGGCUAUGCGCCAACAUAAUAUGUAGAAAAGUAUAUAUCCUAAGUGUAUGAUUCUUGAACUUAAAUCUGGUUACCUAAUUAGGAAUUUUGUAACGUACUGAUAAGAGUUAAGAUUUGGGAACAUUGUAACGGUCAAGUUAUAGUUCAGCUUAUAGGAAGUCUUUAGGUGUCUAUACCUAACGUAUAUUUUUGCAUAACAUAAAGGAUACGAAAGUAAAGAACGAUAAAAAAAAUUAAAGCUACCUUAAUUUAAUUCUCCUGUAAUAUACCUAAAGCUAAAAGAUGCAAUUUUAACUUAACUGAGAAACCUAUGUACCAGAGACGUGUCAAAACGUCGGAAUCAACAAGUACAUAUCGGAAACGUCUGAUUUAAGACUAGAAUUAGUAACUAUUGCGCAAAAUUGCACUGCCUGUUUAGUAUUAAACAAAUAUCUAAGUACGUUAGUAUAAUAUACGUGAAGUAAGAAAAUUAAAUAAAAUUACAAGUAAUCGAUUAGGUAUACCUACCGAUCGAUAUUGAUUAAGUAUAGUCGACCUAUAUUAUUAUUUAGGCAAUAAGUAAUUAUAUGAAAUAUUAUUUCUAUUAUAUGUACAUUUUGAUCUCAAAACGAUCGAGUGCUUGGUUUGUUAAUGUCAUGUAAGGUAUAAAACACCAUCCAUUUAGCUUCUGUACAGUUUGUAUUGUACUUCGAUGUUUAAUUGUUAAAAUGAAAAUCAGAUACGGUAACUAUGGGUACUCAAUAAGUAAUAAAUACUUUGUGCCAUAGGUACCAACAACACAUAACUGCCUUAGUUAUUUGGUAUUAUAAUAACAUGCAUUUGUAGAUUAAUGUUGUAAAAAUUGUACUCGUUUUCUUUAUUAUUACUUAUGUAUAUCAUCUAUAUAAUAGUUGACUAACUUAUUUAUAUCUCUUAUGCUGGUUAAAAGAGGUACACAUAUACUGUAAUUGUAAAUUAUAUAAAUGAUUUAAAGUUAUAGAUAACUAAACAUAAAAUAGAUGCCAUAUAAAUCAAUGCUAACUAUAUACAUAUAAUGGUAUGAUAUAUACAUGUAUUUUUUAACAAAUGGCCUUACGUGUAAGUACUGAGAAAAAGUUAGGGAUGAUGAAUAUGAAGCGUGUAAUCUGAUUGUGUUGCCAAUGAGAAAAGAAAAAGUUAAACUUGUUAGAAUGAAUAUGGUGCUUAUUAUAGUUAGUAAUUGUACAGAAUAAAUUCUCUUUGGAUAUUUUUGUAUGUUGCUGUUGUGUCUUGACUCAAUAUUUACCAAACAACUCAAAUAUCUUACAGUCUUCUUUAAUUCCCGAACUAUAUUAGGUACUAUCUAAUAUGAAAUAAUCAAUAAAUACACCUACAUUAUAACAAAACAAUAAAGUGAAUAUAUAAAACACAUGAAUAUAUUUAAUCCUGUGCAAUCAGCAGUCCAGUUUUUAUCAAUGUUCAUUUUAUUGUAAGGAAAAUAAUAAUAAUUUAAGGGUUGAAAGCCAUGUGGUCGCUGGGGUGACUUGUAUGUAACGCAAUGUUAUACCUCUCAAGCCACUCAACAUUUUAGUGUAAUAAGUAUAGGCUACAUUCGAUUUUUAUAGUUUCUUUGGUCACAAAUACAUAAUUUAAUAAUAACUGUGAUAUUUACUUUUAUAUAAAAUGCCACGAAAUCUGGCGAUAAAAAGGAAUAAAAAAAAGUCUUUCUAAAAUAAUAUUACUCAAUGAAUAAUUUUAGUUCAAUGUAAUACCUUUAAAUACUAUUAUAUGUUUAAUAAAGAAAUUUCUAUGGUAA